AUGCCCUCUGAUGCACACGUGAAUGACCACACUUCCUCUGAUCGCACGUAUGCGUCACCCGCGUUCCUAGUAGCAGUCAUCAUAAGCACAUCUGUGCAUGCGCACGUACUGUCUUCCGAGCAUCAUGGCACGUUGGCACUCGCUCGGUUGCGAGAGAAAGUGUUCCGUAAGGAGGAGGCACCGGAGAAGAAAGACUGCGUAUCUUCAGCCUGCGACGAUGGGGUGGACAACCCCAUGGAUAGCGCCCUGUUGAUGCCGCGCGACCUGGUGAACAUUAGUCCUUAUGCAGCGAUAAGAUGUUUGUUCCCCCUCAUCGUGAAGAACUCUUACUCUUUCCUACGUUUGCUGAAAUCUACCCAGUCCUAUGCUCGAGCUGCUCUUCACUACAACGACGCCUCUGACUCCCCAGCAACACCCGCGGCAGUGGCAUCCAGCGGGGAGAAGGACGUUGCAGAAGGGGGAGCUGCUGCCGCUUCGAAGAAAGCGCAAAAAAAAAAGGAGAAGGAGGCAGCAAAGGCAGCAGCCCAAGCCGCCAAAAAGGAGGCUCAGGAAACAGAACACCAAGCAGCGCAAGCUGUGCUACAUAAAAAAGUGAUACACCGACAGAAGGAUAUGUUUGGGUAUCUUCCGUUAACUUGGAAGGACGCAAGGGAGCAGAGGGGCGGUUCCACAAUUGGGGCGGUCAAAGAGGAGGACACUGUGGUCGUCUGGGUACGCGGACGGCUUCAAGAAUCUCGCGGCAAAGGUAUAGACUGCAUCUUGCUUUUGCGAGAGAAUGGGGCCUCAGUGCAAUGCGUACUGGAUGCGAAGCGUGGAGCCACAUCAAAAGAGAUGAUAAAAUGGACAAUAGGUUUGCCGCUUGAGUCCAUCGUGGACGUUGAGGCGCUUGUAGUGCCUGCAAGCGUCACCGUGCAAGCAGCAACGGAGCAACAUAUUGAGCUGCUUCCUCGUCGGAUCUAUUGCGUCAGCGCUGCUGCCCAGGUGCUGCCUUUUCAAUUCAAAGAUGCCAGCAGGAGCACAGAGGGCGAAACGACGACUGCUCCGACAUCAGAGGCAGCACCUCGAGUGGCGUUAGAUACGCGUCUAGACCAUCGCGUAAUGGAUCUGCGGACUGCUGCAAAUCAGGCUGUCUUUUCAAUUGUGUCCGCUGCCGGAGCGUUGUUUCGAGAGUUUCUACUGCAACAUCACUUUGUCGAGAUUCAUUCGCCAAAACUUAUAGCUGGGGCUAGCGAGGGAGGCGCCUCCUGCUUUACGCUGCAGUACUUUGGCAGAGACGCCUGCCUCGCGCAGUCGCCGCAACUAUACAAGCAGAUGGCUAUAUGCGCGGACUUUCCCAGAGUUUUCGAAAUUGGGCCAGUAUUCCGAGCGGAAAACAGCAAUACCCAUCGCCACCUGUGCGAGUUUACUGGAGUUGAUCUCGAAAUGGAGAUAAAAGAGGACUACACUGAAGUGCUUGAUCUUCUUGAUAGUCUAUUCAAAUAUGUUUUCGCUGGACUUGAAAAGCGCUGCAAGAAGGAAAUAUCUGCGUUUCAUGCGCAGUAUCCUGCAGAGCCGUUUGUUUGGCAGGAGCAGACGCCGCGACUCACAUUUGCAGAAGGGGUACAGCUGCUACAAGCUGCAAAUUGCAGCGGGAUACCUGACGACAUAUCUGCGUUUGAUUUGAAUACUGAACAGGAAAAGUUGCUAGGGAGGAUUAUAAAGGAGAAAUAUAAUACCGACUAUUACAUGUUGCUUCAGUAUCCGACGAAGGUUAGGCCGUUCUACACGAUGCCAAGCCAGAAAACCCGGUAAGGUGAAUUCUCCAACUCUUACGACUUUUUCAUGCGCACGGAAGAGAUCAUCAGUGGAGCUCAGCGAGUUCAUGAUGCAGACGUGCUAACAAAGCGUUGCGUAGAGUGCGGCGUUCCUCCUGCCUCGAUCCAAACCUAUAUCGAUGCCUUUCGGCUGGGAGCUCCUCCACAUGGGGGUGCAGUUGGACUGGAAAGAGUCGUCAUGCUGUUUCUUGGAGCAAAAAAUAUCCGUCAAGUUUCUCUCUUCCCUCGCGACCCAAAGCGCCUUACUCCUUGA